AUGGAACUUUUGAGCGUGGUAGAGAAGUUAAGUAUCAUGGAAGCUUCUUGUGAGACCUUUGCUUUGGACAAGUUCUUCAAGCUUCUAACGCAAAUCAUAAUCCUGUGCCUUUUAAUAUGUAUCAUUUCAGAUACUUCUGAGAAUUCAUCAGCGCUCUAUGUUGUAAACGUUGAAAGAAAUGGAAACAUUAUUUAUACCUGGAAGGGAAGUCAGAGAAAUACCUACAUUGGACUGUAUGAUCGUCAAACUAAACAAAAUGAGCACCUCUAUAUGUUUGAGAGAGAUCUGCACAUAAUCAGUUGCUCGGUCAACAGUGAAAGGACAUUAUUAGCUGUCAGUUUCCGACAAUAUACAGAGGAAGAAAGAGUAAGUCGACUACUGCAGUCAGUAUCCAAAUAUUUAACCUUGCUGAUUGAAAUUCAUCCUAUUAAUAAUGUGAGAGUCUUAAAGGCUGUGGAUAGUUGUGUUCGAGUACAGUUUCUUUAUCCAGAUGAAGACAGAGGUACUUCUACAGAGAGUCGUCUCUUGCUGGCUUCCGAAGAUAAAUAUAUUGAACAAUUCAACAUCCAUGUUGUUGAAGAAGAUCACAAAGUGGUGAUUCGAAACUCGGGUCAACUCGCAAGAGCCAGAGUUGCAGACGAUCUCAUUUGGGCCCAGUGGGAUAUGGUGGAGCAGAGACUCUUCUACAUUGCUCCAAAGGAAUCAAGGAAUACUUUAAAAUGUGUCCAGUUUUAUCCUGAUGAAAAUUUUAACUCAAUACUGGAAUCACACCUGGAUAUUUCUGUACAUGACAUGGAAUUAAAACUUGUGAAUUUUGGAUAUGGUUACUGUCAAGACCAGGAGGUUGUGCCUAAAUCUUUGAAUCUUCAGGUUUUUACAAGUAAUGCAGGAGGCUUGUGCGUGUGUUGCAGUCCAGUCUCUGAUACUCCUGAUGAAAUAACAUACUCCAUAUAUUUCUUACAUAAAGGUUACAACAAAACCUUCACAGUCUCUCUAGAAAGAGCAGAAACCCAUCAAUUGAAGGAAGUAGCCUUUUUGAAUCUUGAUUAUUAUGUGGCUGCUUAUUUGCCUGGUCAGUUCCUGCACCUCCUGAAUAUUCAACAUCCUGAUCUCCUGUGCUACAGUUUGUUUCUGACAGGCGAGGAUGCAAGAAUUGACCUGUUGCCCAACUGCUCCAUCCAGUCCCCGCUGGUGUCGACUGUUCUGGAUCGCGGCGCAGGGAGCCUCUACGCCGUGAGCAUCAGCAGCGGUGCCUUGCUGCGGUUCCUGCGGAGCAGCCGGCGGGACAGCGAGCGGCUGGCAGCCCUGCACUGCGCUCUGCUCUGCGCUGGGAGCACAGCAGACUUGGAAAGGCAGAUUAUUUGGUGGAUUUCUGAGAACCUGUCAACAUGCCAUAGUUUUGACCCCAUUCAAGAAUUUAUCAUUGCCUCCCUGUACUGCAGAAUGUGCCCAGAAAUGUGCAAUCUGGAUAAACUUCUGCCAUACACAUCCCUGCUUGACUGGACUGGGGUAAUCCCUGGAGUAACAUGUACGACAGACAUUAUUUCUCUUCCUAUAUUAGAGGUUCAAAACUCUAAAGGCUUCUGGGAUAAACUGAACUUAAACCUGGAAAGUGUGAAGUAUGCAGAGCCCCACCUGCAUUACCACAACAACGUCCUGCGGAGGGAAUGGCUUAACCUUUCCGAAGAGAAAGAGGAAAGAAGAACCACAGCGUAUUUGAGGAAUAUUUUUGAAAAUGCAAAAAAGGUGUUGUCUCAUCUGGACGCUUGGGACUGCGAGGAAAGGCUCCCCCCUCUCUUCCAGGAGGAGGAUUCUCAGCAGCAGUUACUGAUGGGACUGAUGGUCGCUCAGCUAAAGGAUCACCUUAUGAGGCAUCUCCAGUACGUAGGAAAAAAGAAGAUUGACCAAAUAGUUUUGGAUUACGUUGCAAAUCUGCUGAAUUUGAUCCAUCGAAUGCUGAAAGAGGUUUGGAAGAGAUACCAACUUCAUGCCUGCAUCUUCUGCUUCGAUCAGCGAGGAGGGGCCGCCGAGGUUGCCGUGUUCCACAUCAUGAGUGCUGCCAAUGGCCUGUGCCUGCCUUUACCUCCAGGUUUUCACACUCUGCACCUGGGGCUUGGUGUUCGAUGCCUCCCUCUGCACACCCUCCUGCACUACAUUGAUAACGGAGUCUUGCAGCUGACUGAAACGUGUGUCAGGAAACUGCUGGAAGAUCUGGACAACACUGAGAAGAAUGAAAGGCUUAAGUUGAGCAUUAUCACAAGGCUUCCUGAGGCUCUUGGUCAAAAAGUCCACCAGCUUUGGAAUCACCCCAUAAAUGCUAAUUUCCUGGCACGGAAAUACGUGAAACUCUUACUCGAGAAGCUGGGGAAGAGACAGCAUCCCGGUCCUGUGCCCGAGAGACCCUCGGUCCCCGUAGAGUUUUUGCCACUUAAUUACCUGACUAAUACUCUGGCAGAGAUCGAGAACCAAGGUCUGCAGCCGUGCGAGAAGCAAGAUCGAGUGAAUCUCCGAUUUGUGGAGGAGACGGCGCUGAGACACACCGUGAUGCUCCUGGGCCUCAAUUUAAAAGCUCCUGGCUUGAGGUUGGCAGUGGUGACAGCCUCCCUGGGGUUCCGUGGAGCUCUUCAGAUCUCGAUGGGCUUCACCACGGGUUUCCUGAUGUGCCGCAUGUUGGAGCCGGGCUCGCUGGGCUUGAAGGGGGCCAGGGCGCCGUAG